AUGCAAAUCACUUAAGAUAUGUUUAAAUGGUUGAAGUCACUAAAUGUAAUCUAAAAUGGAAUUCCAAAAUAAAAUGGGAGAAUGGAAUUAGAUCCUGAAACCACAUCAGCCUUCUACAACGGUUUCAAGAUGUCAGAACUUUUAGAUAAAUUAACAGGUGCCUACAAUUAAUAAGUCAAAAUACAAACCAAUCCCACAGCUAGAUUGUAUAAUUGGAAUAUAAUCACAGAACGAUUACAUUAAAUUAAAGUGGAAUUGGAUACUGAAAUUAAGAAAUUAAUUAUUGAUGGUGAUUUAGAAAUGAUUGUUGAAGUCUUAAAAGAUAUACAAUCCAAAUUUGUUAAAGAAGUCUCCUCCAAAAUUGAUAACCAAAAGAAAACUUUUGAUAUUGAAACUCUCAAUUCUGCAAAACCAAUCAGUUCUUGUGAAACCGUAUUAGAAUUUGUAAUAGUAGCCUUGAGUCAGAAUCUCAUCUUGAAACCAAAAUAAUCACAAUAGUUACUCAAUAACAAUUUCAAAUUGCUCACACAUGUCUUUAUCAAAGGAGUCAAAGGGUAGUACAUUUAAUUAGUAACACUCCUCUAAGAAACAUACAAUAAUAUGCCCAGAUUAAUUGAACUCUUAAGGGAUGAAGAACAUCAAAUUGGAUUCUUUGUUUCAUUCCUUAAACUCUCCAUAUUCUCUAAAGACUCAGAAGUGGUUCAUUGGGGAUUACGAUUGCUUGGUAAAUUAGCAUACGAUCUAGCAUAAUUUGACUUGCUGUUUCAUAUGUUCUAAUGGUUCUGGAUUAUCUAGUCUGAUUAUAACACUCUAAAGAUAACCCUAAAUUGGCUGAACCACUUGCAACUGCCUUAUCUUAAAUUGCAAAUUAUGAUUAUAGUCAAGUAUUUGGACAAUAGAAGUAUUUUGAGAAUCAAAUAUUCAUAUAUUGAAUUUUAUGGAGCUUUGAUUCCUUAUUUAAAUUGCGAUCUUAUCAAUUACAAUUAUGAAUAAUAAAUUCAGAUAGCCAUAAGAUUAAGUGAUAACCAAAGUACAAGAGAUGAAAAGAAUGUGGCCAUCCAAUUUCUAUGCAAUGCAUGGAUCCAUUAUAAUGCAUUUCUGGAAUAAAAUAUGUAAUAUCAAUAAUCCAUUUUGGCAAUGCUUUAAAGAACAGCCAAGGAUAGUUCAACAAUAUUGAAAACUUACUCUAUUACAUAGGCAUUCAAAUUACUGGACGGACUGGCUCAAAAGAAAGUGAUCACAGCUGUAUCUGUGUAUAAGAAGUUGAUUUCAAUUCUGAUUGAGAGUCAGAAUAAUGAAUAUAUUGUAAGAUAAUUCUCCUACAUUAUUCAAAAAUAUCCUAGCAUUCCAAUAGAAUUGCUGAUUGAUGGUUUAAUUAAGAAUCAACACCUAAAUAUAUCUGAUUGUGACAUUUAUUAUGUACUAAGUGCACAUCAGAAUUUAAAAGUAUAAUCAGCAAUAACAAUGUUAGAAUUAUUAAUCAGGAUUUACAAUAGCAGUGUCUUAUUUUAAAGUGCUUUGUUUCCAACAAUACAAUAAAUCAUUUAAAAGUUCAUAGAACUUUCAGAAUUUUAAGAAUACAUGAAUAGGAUGUCUCAGACAUGUUUAAAUUUAUAUGUUAAUUCUGUCAGGUCUAAGAAGACAACUACUACUCUCACCAAUUAUUAAGAUGAUUCUGUUGUUAAUUCUUAAAGAAGAGCUCAAACUAUAUAAUUAUUUAAAUACAUCAUCUAAUUGAGAUGUUUCUAGAUGAACAAUAUGCUUAAACCAUUAUUUGUUGGAGCACAUCUAGAACUUAGAAGUAUCGAAAAUAGGGACAACAAGGGUAUCCUGUAAUUGUUGUAAAUGCUUGGUGAUCCAAAUACUAUUGUUGAUGAAUAUGUGACCAAAGAUCAGCAGAUGACAUCUCAAUUAUUUCUCGAAAAGAAAAUGCAGUAAAUGGAAGGUAGUUAAUCAUAAGCCUUGGAAGAUUAAUACCUUUAGAAGAAUAAGAAAUUAUUUGAAAAAGAAGAAGAUCUAGUCAAAUCAUUAUUAUUGGAAGAAAAGAAUGAAUCUAAGAAUCUUCAAUAAACAAAAAAGAAGAAAAGAAACUAUGACUUUGAUGAAUUCUAAUGUGUCUACGAAGAAGGAGAAUUAGCAUAUAAACCUUAAGAUGUUGUAUUGAUUGAUUUUUCAUUUGAAGAAGAUGUUGAUAGAGAAUCAAUGAAUAUUGCAAUUAAACAUUUUUCAAAAACCUUCAGAUAUUUGUUUAAUAAAUAUGCAUCCACUCCCUAAGAGGCUGCAAAGAAUAGAUUAAGAAGUUUGGAUCAAAGCCAAUUGGAAUUGAGAUCAUCUGAUAUUGUUAAGAUACUUUAAGACUAUGAAAUCUUCAAUUUCAGUACAUAUGAGGAGAUCAUAAAUCUUGUUGCCACUGUGAAUCAUAAGUUUAAUCUAUUCAGUUUGAGUUCUCAAAUUAGAUAACUUCCAUAAGACAAUCAAACUGAAAAAUAAUCAUCUAUUUCAGCUACUACUUCUAGAACAGUCAAUUACAAAUUAGAUUUCGAGAAUUUCAAAAAGUUUCUUAUAUAAUUUGCUGUCCUUAUUUUUGGUAGACCUCCUAAAGAUUUUAGGAAGAUGCCUUCUGGUCAUGUUUUGGUUGAAUUCUUUAAAUAUUUCUCCUUUGUUGCCAGAAGAAGGAAUGACAAUCAUCUCAUUUUUGAUGAUCCUGAUGGUGUCACUACUGUGGCUGAUAAAAGUACAAUCCAAAAGUGGAAUGCCUAAUUAUUGUAGAAUCCAAAUAUAGAAGUACCUACUGAAACUAGAUUAAAGAAAGUAUAAAUUGAAAGAGUCUCUUUACAUUAUUAAAUGAGAGAUGUAAUGAAAAAUCUAAAUAAAUCCUAUUUAACUUGUUUCGAAAUUGUCAAUGAACUCAUCUAAUCUAAAUUUAAAACCAAUAUUGUUGAGCCAACAUUCAAAAUCAAUCUCAUUUAUGAAGUCAAACCAAUUGCAGCUAAAGGAGUUCAUUCAGAAUUUAAGGUAGACCCUUUGGCUGAGAAAUAAGAACAAUUAAAGAAUUCUCUCUCUCUAUUGCCUAUAGAAAAAUAAGAGUUUAUGAAUAGAUCCUUAGAUUUGUCUUAAUUGUCUGAAGAGAAGAUAAUCAACAAGAGUAUAGUUGAAAAGAUAGUAUCGAUGUAGGAAGAAGCUUUGAAGAAAGAAUUGAAGGAUUUAAAAUGGCAAAAAAGAAAGGAUUACCUUGAUAAACAAUAAGAUAGAAUUUAAUAAUUUAAAGAGAAGAAGGAAGAAAUAAGGUUUAAUGAAUCUCAAGUAGUUGGAGAGUAAUUGAGAGAUUAAAAGCCUAGGCAUAUCAAUUAUAUGAAUAACUUAAAAAAAGAAUAUAGAAAGAAUUAAUCUGAAGUGGUUAUUAAAAGUUCAUUACCAUAAUAAGACGAGAGGAAGGAUUCUCCAAAGAAAAAGGGAUAAUAACCAUAAUAAGAUAAUAAAUAAAAGCAAUAACCUUUACCGGCAGAAAAGAAACCAGCAAAAGAAGACAAGGCUGAACAAAGGUUUAAAGCAAGAACAGCUGAAAUGGCAGCUCAUUAUAAAACAUCUUUAGAGAAGAAGGAAAGAUUGAAUGAGAAAUUCUAGAACUUUUAUAAAGAUCCAAAAGUCUAAGCUGAAUUUAAACAUUUUAGAUCAUCUGGAAGUGUGGCAUUUAAUCAUUACCUUAAGUAUUCUGAUGCUUGGAAUUAUAGUGGGAAAAAGAUCGUAUUGCAAGGUUGGUUAGAUUUUGCAAAUGCUUUCAAUUUAAUGUAGGUGUUCAGUGAAGAAUAAUUAAUAAAGGUGUUUACGAAUACAUUGAAACAAAAGAACUAUGUUGCUCAUAGAGAAGCAGUCUAAAAGAAUUUAAAAUAUCAAGAUGAAAUAGGGUUAACAUAUUUUGAAUUUGAAUAUGUGUUAUUGAAAAUAGCCAUUAUGGGUCAGGAAUACUUCAAUGCAAUUUAAAGUGGUAAGAAAUUGGAUGAUAAUUUAAAAUAACUAAUCAUAUACAAGGAGAAACAAAGUAAAAAACCAAAAAUUAAACACAAAUAUGUUGAAAUGUUGGAGGACAAUAUGAAUAAGACUACUAGCUUCACCUUAGCAGCCUGUUUGGCAUACUUGGAUAUCCCAUAGAAUAAGGAUCUGUUUGCUGGUAAAUUGAGAUCAAUUGAAGGAGAUGAUAUUAUAGAGGAGACAAAGCCAAAACAUUAAUCUGUUGACAUGCAAUCAUUGAAAAAGAGAUAGGGAUUGCCAGAGAGUCCACAGGUAAAGAAGAACAGUAAAUGGUCAGAGCCAGGAACACAUGGUAAACCAGGACAGGAGAAGAAAUCAAUGACAGAUUCUCAACUUAAGUUACCUUAUCUUCCAAAGGAUGCCAAGAGUAAAGAGUUACUGGAAAUUACGAAGAAGUGGGAAGAGGAGAGGAAGAAAAAGUGAUUCAGUUUUAUUAAUAUAUAUU